GCGCAAACACCACACAACAACUGAUAAAAACAAUGAACAAAAAAAUCCAUUUUAAAUUAUUUGCUAAUCGUCGUCGUAAUACGAAAGAAAAAAAAGAUUGGCCGAAUUCUCUGAAUCAUACUUUUGGUCUUAUUUGUUGUUGUUGGUGUUCUUGUCCGAUUUGCAAAUACACACACACACACACACAUACGUUUCGGGUCGAACGCAUUAGGUUAAUACGAAGCAGAAAAAAAAACCAAUAGGAAAAAGGAAAACAGAUUGCACACACAAGUUGCAGUAGCCAUAGAGUAUACACUCACUCACUCUCACAGUGACAUGCAGCCAGUGCGCUAGCCAUCGAGUAAAGUGCAAGAGUGAUGAUGAUUUUUUUUCCCCUGUAUUAUUUCUAUUUUCCAUUUUGGCAUCAACAAAAUGCAUCCAUUGUUUCCUAUUCUCUUCUCUCUUUUUUUUCGGCUCAACGAAACCUGUUCACAAGCAUAUGGAUGGUUCAUGUUGAGCGCUAAAUUAUUGCUCAGGAAAAAAAGCCGUCAAAAAUCAAAGCGAAACAAAAAAAAAAACGAAACAGAAAAAAAACUGCACAAUCUGCCAUUUUUUCCCUUUCGAUUAUAUCAAUUCGCCGUUAUACAGCACUGAGAGAGUGGCACAUACAUCGGGCUGCACACAGUGCACAGCGUAUUCAAAAAUUUUUUUUUUGCUGAUUCGCGUCUUUUGUUUUGAUGUGACCAUUUUUGAUUGUUUGCUACAUUUACAAACAAAAUUCGGUGGCGACAGGUUGCAAUUGCUUUUUUUUCCAAUUGUUCCAAAAUAAAUGGCAAGAAAAAUAUGAAACAAAAUGUUUCGGUCAAUCAGUGUGCUGUUUGUGUGACAUGAGUCGCCCUCUAUCCAACAAUCGAAACUAAAGUGAUAUAUUUGAUACGUGUGUUUGUGCAUGUGUCGAGAUCGGUUGGUUAGUUGCGUGUUGUGUGUUGCGGUAGUGUGUGUGUGAGUUUGAACGGACAACCGACCGAACCGUACGAGUGAAGCAAAUGAAGACGUUUGCGCUUGUAUGUAUUGGUAACAACAAUAGAGAAAUACUGAUACCUCCCGUCAUUUCGUGUUUGUGCCACUGUCUCUGUCUCCUGUUGGUAUACACAUGCAACACAAUAUAUACACACAGAGAAGAGAUCGUAGACGAAAAAUGCUUAUAUUUUUACUGCCGCCGCCACCGUCGUCGUCGUUGUCGUCGUUGAAUACAUCGCCAUUGUGUGUUGCCUCUCUCACUGUCACAAUGAACUGCCUCGAAGCAGCGAUGACAUUCGCGAAUUUGUACUGUAACAUUUUAUAAUAUGGUUGUACGCAAGUAGGAAAAAAAAAAUUAUAAGAAUUGAAAGUGUGUCUACCUCUCUACGUCUCUGCGUUUUAUUUUUUUGGUUAAAAAUUAUUUCGCGUUUUAGUUUUAUUCGUUCUGUUUCCUUUAUUGCCAUUUUAAGACGAAUUCUAAGCUAAUGUAGCCAGUGUAACAAACGGCAAAAAAGUAAAAGAAAUUUUUUAAUACCUACUUACAAAAGUCUAUGAACGUGUGAUUAUUUUGUAAAUUGAAUUUAGAAUUUCGAAGCUGUGCUACGACUCAUCAAAGAACAACAGAAAAUAAAGCAAAAACUUGAGAAAAAAAUCCGUUUUGUGUCGUUCCCGGUUCGAAAUCAAUGACGAAUAAUCCGUGAAAUAAACACGAGAGUGACGUGAAACAAAACAUUUAGAGAAAAACUAACAAAAACAAAAGACUGUGUAAAUGGAGUAGAAAAGUUCUAGGUGAUUUAUAUGCCCUGAAAUUUUUCUGAUUAGAAAACCACGAUUUGAACAAAGAAAAUAAAAAGCAUAACAAAAAUAACAACAAAAGAAAUAUUGAAUGAAACAACUGAAACAAAAACACCGAAAAAGGACUUGAGACGCAUUUUAGAAAAUCGUCUAGCCCAACCAAACAACCAACCAACCAACCAACAAUCUACGUACCGUUUGAACUCGAAUUUAAGAACGUCGUGUGUGUGUGUGUCGAAACAGUCAUACGUCGUCGUUGUCACCUUGGUCGGUCGUCAUCCGUGCCCAAUAUACACAAUCAAACUGACGCAACCAAAAUGAAAGUCGACACAAGCCGCCUGAAAAAGGGCACCUCUGAGGUGCCCACCGAGUGUCAAACACUGAUCGAUAAAUUGCGGUCUUGUUCGAUGGACGAAUUGCUAGAGGAGCUACGAAAAAUCGACACUUGGACAUUUGGCAAAAGUGAAUUGUACCAUUGGAUCGAUGUGCUCGAUAUAUUCGAUGGGAUUCUGGAGGAGGCCACCAAACAAAUUGGCAACGACUGGUUUUUGGCGUGCGAUGAACGCUUUUCGCCGAAAAAGAUUCAACUAUUGUUAGCGGUACUAAAUUUCACCACACUAUUGAUUGAACACUCAUUCUCGCGGCAUCUCUACAAUUCCGUGGAGCAUCUGACACAAUUGCUGUCAUCGACAAACAUGGAAAUCGUUUUAGGCGUAUUGAAUUUAUUGUAUAUGUUUUCAAAGCGUAGCAAUUUUAUACCGCGACUGAAUUGUGCCAAACGAAAUGCGUUGCUCGCCCGACUCACCUACAUUGCGGAGAGCUGGGGUGGCAAAGAGCAUGGCUAUGGAUUGGCCGAAUGUUGUGAUCGAUCAAUGAAAAUCACCGAUUCAUUCCCGAAAUUCUACUACGAAUACUACGACAGUGAUGGCAAAUUGAAAUCCAUCGAACAGGACGAGUUUAGCGAUUUCAUUGGCAUCACGAAUCCCAGUGAAAUUGCCUAUUUGAUGUGCUGUCGAAUACCGAUUCCACUCGAUGACGACCAAAAAAUGUUGAUUUUCACCCGCGUACGGCUCUCGUUGGCGUUCCAUGAUUACGAGACUCGAUUGCAAUUUGUGUUGGCUCGUCUGCAAGCGUUGUCCGUGCUAGUUUAUUCCAAUUCGUUACAAGACAACAUAAACACACUGUUGUAUCCGGGAUUUUUGGAGGAAUUAGUCGAACUGUUGGAAAUGCGGGAGGCCAAAUUGGUCGAAAUACGAGCGGCUGCCCUACGUACACUCACAUCCAUCAUACAUUUAGAUCGAAAUCCGAAUUUUCCAAAAAAAUCGGGAUCUCGUUUAAUGAUGAUCAUUGAUGUGACUGGUGCAUCGUCGUACCAUGGUUUCUUGCCAACGCUUGUGCGAACGUGCAUUCAACAUCUCACCACAACGACGCCAAACAAUAGUAGUAGUAGUAGUGACACCACCAGUCAACAACACCAACACAUGCAAUCGACAAACAGUGCCUCUCAACAGCAGUUUCCAUUAGCAUUGGCAACGGCUUUAUUUAGUUUCCUAUACCAUUUAGCCAGUUAUGAUUCGGGUGGAGAGGCAUUGGUUGCGUGCGGCAUGAUGGAAAGUUUAUUGCGUGUCAUCAAUUGGCCGGGCAAAGAGUUGGAGCAUAUCACAUUUGUGACGCGUGCGGUGCGUGUCAUCGAUUUAAUUACAAACAUUGAAAUGCAAUCGUUUCAAAAUCAUGGCGGUUUACAAAGUUUCAUCGGUCGUCUCGAGAUGGAGGUGAAUUUGUGCCGCGAAGAGCAGCCAUCCGAAUUGAUACCAUCGAAUUUGGAUCGUGCCCAUGAUAAUAAUUUCAUUGCGUCCGAAGAUGUUACAAUGUAUGAAAGUAGUUCGCCAGCACCAGCACCAGCAUCAGCAUCAGCACCAGCAUCAGUCGCAACGUCAACAGCGACGACAAUGCCAUCGACGGCAUCGGCGACGAUGUCCACCGGAAAUGCAUCAUCGAGCGGUAGCAGCAGCAGUAGUAGUACAAGUAGUAAUACAACAGUGCCUGUGAACAGUGCAAAUAUGGGCACAAGCAGCCAAUCGAAGAAUAGUACACGAUCAUGUUUGCCCCAACGAGCCGCAUUACUCAAAUCAAUGUUGAAUUUCCUCAAAAAAGCCAUCCAAGACGCUGCAUUCUCCGAGAGCAUUCGACAUGUGAUGGAAAGUUCGUUGCCCACAUCAUUGCGGCACAUAAUCAGCAACGCUGAAUACUAUGGACCAUCGCUGUUUUUACUGGCCACCGACGUUGUUACCGUGUAUGUGUUCCAGGAGCCGAGUCUCUUGUAUUCGCUGCAAGAUAGCGGUUUAACGGAUGUUGUACUCCAAGCGCUGCUGAAGAAAGAUGUGCCACCCACACGUGAAGUGCUUGGUUCGUUGCCAAAUGUAUUUAGUGCGUUGUGUCUUAAUUCACGCGGUCUACAGGCUUUUGUACAGUAUAAACCAUUCGAUCGACUGUUUGAAGUGCUAUUGUCACCCGUUUAUUUGCAAGCGAUGCGACGUCGCCGAAGCAGUGAUCCAAUUGGUGAUACGGCCGCAAAUCUUGGCAAUGCCAUGGACGAAUUGAUGCGUCAUCAGCCAAGCCUCAAAACCGAAGCCACCAAAGCAAUCAUUCGAUUGCUCGAAGAGCUGGUGAAAUUGGGCACUGAUGAAAAGUACAUUUGUUGGCGGUCACAGAAUAAUAAAUGCGACGACUCAAGCAAUGGAAGCAACAAUAACAUGAGCUCAGGCAAUAAUACAGGUGUCAGCAGUAGUGGCAGCAGCCGUCCAUCGAUUCAUGUUCGCGUUUUACAUGUGAACAAUGCCAUCAAUCGUGGUGUCAACAGUUCGGUGAAUUUGAAUCAUGAUCCCGUGGAUUCCGUUCGUAAUAACAUCGGCACAUCAAAUAGCAACGUUGAAACUGGUUCAGAAGACGACGAUGAAGAUGAAGAGUCAACUUCAUCGCAUCACAAUCAACGCGAUGCGGCUGGCAUGAGCUGUUCGCGUAGCGGUAGCCAAGACAAUUCAAAUGGUUUACAAUCGAAUGGAACCCCAAUGAAAAUUCCGCUCAUCGACUACAUUUUAAAUGUGAUGAAAUUUGUGGACGCCAUUUUGAGCAACAACUCCACCGAUGAUCAUUGUCGUGAAUUUGUUGCACAAGGCGGCCUUCAACCACUUUUACGAAUCUUAUCAUUGCCAAAUUUGCCUGUAGAUAGCCCAAUAACCGCUUCAGCACAAGCCGUUGCCGCUGUUUGCAAAUCGAUACUGAGCCUAGCACAUGAGCCGCAAGUAUUGAAAGUAAGCUUAGAGCAAUUAGCCGCUGUUGUUGACCAAUUAGAACCGUUGCAGAGUCACUGGGAACAAUCACAGGGCAGUGUAUUGUUACGCGAAUUAGCCAACUGCAAGAAUAUCGAAUCGGCAUUUUCGAAUGCAACCGAAACGCCGCUGUUGCAUGCGAUGAGCGCUGUUCAUGGUUACGUUGUUAUGUUGGUCCACGUUUGUCGAACGGGCCAAACUGAAAUCCGUAAUUUAUUGAUCGAACAAUGGGGUCAGAAUAAUAAAUAUGGCCAAAAAUUGCUGUACAAAUUGGUUCAAUUGUACACGGCCCUUGUGUGGGAGAGCACACUGCUGUUGGCAUUAUGCACAGACGAUAUAAUUCCGGUUGGUUGUGAUUUUGGUAAAGAAGAUCUCGACAAAUUGGGCGAACCGCCAUCGGUACCUGGUCAAAGUGGUUCAUCCACCGUUCCAAUGCCAUCUGAAGUUAGCCUUGACACACCCAUGCCAUCAUCAUCAUCGAGCACAACACAAAGCUCAGCUGCAGCUGCUUCAAUAAAUGAUUUAACCAUGGACAUUGAUCGUGUCUUGAACUCAACGUUAGAUGGUGAAACAUCAUCCACAUCAACGGAAGGAGCGAGUGCAUCCAGUAAAUUUGAUGCUGCUUUCAAUUCGACCGCAACCACAUCAAGUGCAAACAAACAAUCCACAUCGUCGUCGCUUCAACAACGUCGCAUUGUUGCAACGCCAAGUCAAUUGCGUUACAUUAAAUCAUUACUGGGUGCAUCGUCCCGUUUGGGCCGUGCAUUGGCCGAAUUGUUUGGUUUACUCGUGAAACUGUGUGUUGGCAAUCGUAUGCGACGCAUUCAUCCACAAAAUGUCGGCAAUUAUAUGUCGUCCGCAUCGCGUGACAUUGCCCGUGUAUUGAGCUACAUUUUAGUGGAUGGUUUAUCACAUGACCAAUUGCCACCAUCACCCAUACCAAAGUUGAAACAAACAUUUCUCAUCUGUUCGAUUGGUUUCACCAGUCCGAUGCUAUUCGAUGAGAAACGUUAUGCAUACCAUUUGAUGUUACAUAAAUUCUGUGAAGAGGGCGGCCUGCAAGCAUUCUUCGAAAUGUUUGGCUUUGCAUUGAGCCUCGAACCCGAUACAAAUGCAACGACUGCAACCGGCAGUAGCAAUGGAAAAUUGACGAUUUCAAGUGAAACCGAUGAAAAUAGUGAAGAACCCGACCAGGCAGAAUCACAGCAGCAACAAACCGAUGCCGCUGUACCAAUGAUAGAUGCCGAGAAGAGCGACGCGACCGACACCGCCGACGUCGAACAGACGCAAUCAACUACCUCAACUACCGUUCGAACCGCAGAUGAUUUAGUCAUUCCGAAAGAAUUGUUCACAAACAAUGAAGAUCAUGGUGAAUUUUCGGCGGGCAGCGGUGAAUUCUUAGACGCAUGGCUGAUGCUUUUGGAAAAAAUGGUGAAUCCAAAAACCGUGCUCGAGUCACAGCACGUGAUCCAAACAAAAUCGUUGCGAAACAAACCCGAAUUCGAUACGGUCGCCUAUUUGAUCAAUGUGCACAAGUUGGCAUUUCAAACGGUCACCAAAAUCUGGUCAUUCAAACCGAUUCGUACGUAUGGUGCACGCAUGACCGAAUCCAUGCUCACCAUUAUGAAGCACAUCUAUCAGGGCGAGCCAAUUCUACGCGAAAAAUACAAUAAAAAAAUCGCUGAGCAAUCAACGUCAUCAUCGACCAAUGAUAAAACGACCAUUAAAUUUGGUUCGCUAUUUCCACGAUCUGGCAAUCAGCCAGACAGUGAUACACCAAAUAGACUGAGCUCACGUGGCAAUCGAUCAUCGACAGCGGCAUCGGCGGCCGCAGCUAGCGGUGUUGCCAACAUCAAUAAUACCAUCAACGAAGCCUUCUUAACGCAACUCAUGGAAAUGGGAUUCUCACAAGAGCAUUGCCGCGAAGCACUUUAUCAUACUGGUUCAAUGGAACAGGCAACCGAAUACUUGUUGGCUCGCACCGGCAGCGCAGCAAUGAACAAUACCACGAACGAGAAUCCGAGUGGAAUGGGACUGGAUUCAGACGAUGAUGAAAAUAUCGAUGCCGAAAUGAUGGUAUUGAUGGGACAAAAAGUGGCCGGUGACAAUACAAACGCAUCGACCGAUACAAAGACUGCUGAAUCAUCCGGCACAGCGGCGGCUGGUACAUCGACCUAUACGAAACGAAAUCGACGCGGAAUGCGUAACACCGUCACCGUUCUACCAAAUCAACCACCGUUGUCGGAGCAACUGUUGUCCGAUUUUGGUGAGGAGGCUGUACGCACAUCGUUGUAUUUAAUUGAUCAAGUACCUGAUGCUGUAUUCAAAGGCACCGAAUUACUUGGCAUUCUAUUCAAACGAACGGAAAUCAAAUGGAAAAUGCUGGCCACCAUCAUUUCCACGAUGAUUGAUUGUGCCGAACAGCUGCGCACCAUGCUCAGCGAUCGCACCACACCGCUUGAAACGAUCUUCUUUGGCGAAGUUGGCAGUCGAUUCACUGUACGCUUGCACAUAUUCUGUUUGUUCCUCGAGGUAUCACAGUAUCACGAUUUGCGUACGCCCGUAAUUUUGUCGAUAAAAGAAUUUAAAUUGAUGCCAAAACUGAUUAGCUUAUUGAAUGAAACUGAGGAUGUGCUCACAGCAAAGGCGGGCAAAUGUUUGUACACACCAAAAUGGUUGUCACAAAUGAUUUUGCUCAUUGACUUAUACGAAAAGGUCGUCGUAUCGAUUCGUCGACGCAACGAAAUGCAUCGCAUUACCACAAACACAUGGAAAUGGUAUGAUGUCCAAAGUGGAAAAUGGAAUGCAUACACAAAUGGCAACAACAAGAUUAUCAACGAUGCGUACAAUAAUGGUGAGACAACGGUUCGAGUGUCUGUCGGUCGUCAUCGUUACACCAUCAAUUUCAACUGUAUGUCACAAGUGAAUGAAGAGACUGGAAAUCAUCGGCCAGUGGUUUUGGGAUUGCUAUCGUCAGUCAAUUCACAACGUAUACCCGAUCAUGUGUCCGCCACUUUAUCACAUAUCCUCGGAUCAGACAAUGAGGAAAACUCUAAUGUAACCAAUGAUGAGCUCAAACCAAAAUUGAAUCGUCUCAUGAAGAAGGCACCAAGUUUGACUGAGGCGCCAGCAACUCAGACGCAAUCAUCAUCGUCAUCGUCAACGUCAACAACGACAACAACGACAACAACGACAACAUCGCCGUACAAUCAGUGCCAAUUGGAUCGUGUCACAACGGCAGCACUGUCCGAAAUGCGUGAGAAUCAUUUGAAAAAUGCAUUCCGAACGUACUACACCCUGUCCGUGGUCAAUAACCCAAAGAAAGAGACCAGUGUGGCGGUGGUAACGGAAGAUGAUUCCAAAUUGCUUGGCCUCGAAGAGUUCUCCACCGAGAAUGUUGUGGCCACAUGUGUUCGUCUAAUGUCACCGAAAAUCUGUGUGGAUCGUGAUUCGUUGCAUGCACUGAUGAUGCUUUGUGUGCGACUGACAACCAAAUACGAAAAUGCUGAAGUGUUUGCCCGUGAAGGUGGCAUCAAGUUACUGUUGGAAAUGAAACAAUCGGGCGGUUACUUGAGAGCAUCAACGCUAGCCAAUCUCUUGAUUCGGCACACACUUGAAGAGCCACGCACAUUGGCGAUGGCCAUGGAAAAAGUGAUUGCUGCACGAACAUUACAAACAAUUCCACCCGGCUAUCGUGAUUUAAUCUUCAUGCUGCGUCGUAUGAGCUCAGCCGUAGCGCGUGACCCAGAAAUUUUCAAAGAAAUUGCCCGGUCCAUGCUUCGCAUUGACAUCAAUACGCUGCGUCGCGGUGUGUUCAGCGAAGAUAAUCGUUUGAUCAUGAAAUCGGUGGCACCGCCCAGUGCAAAGCGACAAACGGAAAAACCAAAUGAAAAUUCAAUUGCCGUUAAAGUGGUCUAUGAUUUACUGCAAUCGCUCAUUGUGCCCGUUAAUGCAGCACAGAAGCAAACGUUCGAAGAAAAGGUCGUAACGAAUGCAGCGAAAAAUCAUAGCCGUCACACAAACACUUCCACCACAUUUAGCACAUCAACGACGAAUGUUGCAUCCAACUCAACGUUCGGCAGUAAUAAUAACAAUAGCAAUUAUUUGGUAGAUGACAAUGAUUUAUCAUUCAUUGCAAUGUCAUUUGGUGGACCAAGCAAUGAUACACAUUCAAGUCAUUCCAGCCGCUUGGGUACGAUGCAUUUAAUGGGUGGCAACGAACCAUCCACAUCAUCGACAUCAUCAUCAUCCAAUAAACAACCGAAUAGUUUGCUGAACGAAGGAUGGAAUGGAUCAAAUUCAAAGGGUGAAAAUGAUAAGCCAUUGUUAUCGAAAUUGACCAUAUUGAAGGCAUUGGCCGAAGCAGUACGAUCGUAUUCAUCGGUCGGUGUUAUUAUUGCCGAAUAUACAUAUCAACCGCAACCAAAUACAUUGAUUCGCAAGGCACAACCAGCACUUGCAUUCAUUUUAGAUAAUCUUUUACCAUCGACUGAACAAAAUCCCGAUCGUGAAUGUUCGUCGGGUGCUCGCAUGUUGAUUGCAGCACUUUCGGCUGCCACUGACUCACAAAUCACCCAAUACACGGUGGUAACGGAAGUGAGAGCAGCCAUUUUGCGUGCACUUUCAUGGCCAGAAAUACCCGAAAAACAUGCACAAUUGCAAUUGUUGACGGCACUGAUUCCGACAAUGAUCGAAAAUUGUCCACCCGAUCAAAAUCCAGCACUGAUGCGCUUGCAACAACAUCAACCGCGACGAAAUGACAUCUUUAACAUUAUGGUGCGCAAAGGAUUGAUUGCCGAUUUGGCAAAUAUCACACAAAGCUUGGAUCUGUCUAGCCCACAUACCAUCGUCACAAUUGGCACGGCAUUGAAAUCACUCGAGCAAUUGUUGCGCAUGUCGAAUCAGUCGGCCUCACCAGUGCCAGUGCAAUUCAAUAAGAACCGAAGUGCCGAAGGCGAUGCCACGGCAAACAAUCAACAGAAUAUGCAAUUGAACGAAAAUCAAGGUGAAGCACUGAACGAUGCCGCCGUUUUUGAUGAGAAUGUGGCAAACGAAAAUUCCGCCGAUGACGAGCAAGCCAAUGACAAUGAAGAUGGUACCAUCGAAGAUGAUAGUGCAAAUGCAAACGAAGUUCAAAGCGCCAUCGCUGUGGAAAAUGAUGAAAUCGAAGCGGCCGAUCCAAUUGAAUCACCAACCAAUACGAAUGAACCGGAACCGCAAGAAUUUUUGGGAAAUUCACGUGUCGAUGUCCAACCAAUUGAUUCAUCAAUGCUUGAAGAGAUUCGGCGUCGUAUUUUGGAUCGUGAAUCAAUUCUCGAUGAUUCGGUUGAAUUGUCACGCUCCGUGGCCGAUCAAGCUCGACGCGCUGUUGCCACAUCAGUGGUUGCAGCUAGUAAUGCAGCCAACAAUGGCAGCGGUCUUCAACCCAUCGAAUUGGCCGAAGAGCGUUUCAUUCUCGAAGAAGACGAUACCAGCAGUGAUUCGGAUUCAAAUGGCUCAGAAGAGAACGAUGAAGAACGCGAAGAAGAAUCAAAUGGCGAAGAUGAGAAUGAGGAUGAAGCUGAAGAUCGAAGCGAUUUAGAAGUUGACGAAGAAACUCGACAAUAUAUUGAAAUGUAUGAUGUGUAUGGUCGUCAUUUGUCACCAAGCAUACCUGAAUUGGAGCGAGACAAUGAGGACAUUUUGAUGAUUCAAUAUGCUGACAAUGGACGUGAUGGCGGCGGUAAUAAUGCGGGCGGCGCAAAUUCUGUUGGUGUUAGCGUUAAUGUGAAUGUUGACGUUGAUAACGAUCAACCAAGUUCGUCCAAUAGCAAUGUGCCUUCAACUAGCGGAAUCAAUCGGACGAAUUUCCCGAAUAUUUUCGAAUCGAAUAACAUCAAUCGACACGAAGAAGGUGUUUCGGCGAAUGGUGAUGCGAGCAACGAAAGCGCAACCGGUUCGCAAAGUACAUCGAAUGUUAUCGGACGUAUUCAUAUCACCACAAGUAAUUCACGUUCGGGUGGCUUUGGACCGGGUUCAAAUCAACCAAAUUCACUAUCACAAUUGAUUCAAUUCCGUACACAACGUAAUGCAAAUCGUCAACGACGAUGUGCCUACUUAAAUUUAAACGGUCGCAACUCAAAUCCACCGGCCAUUUUACAACGUCUCCUUGGUCCAGUUGCACAGAAUGUUAACAUUGGGCUGGGUCAAGUGAUUGCCAAUGCCAAUGGAUCGGCAUCGUUCCGAGAUGCAACACGUGUUGUGGUCAUGGACAAUGGAUUUGGUAUUCUAUCCAAUUCGGGUGAACCAUCAAUUGAUCUGGUUGAUCAAGCGGGUUAUUUGUUCGGUCGCAGCCUGGCAGCAACACUCAACCAAACACCAUCACCGUUACAUUGGUGGCUUGAAGAGGCCAAAGCAUUGGGCAUCGAAUCACAAGCAGACGUUUGUCUAACUGUUUGCAACGAACUCAUUCCAGAGCUGGAAGCACAACGGUCAAUGGAAUUGUCGAAGACACGAAGCAAACGAAAGAAGAAGUCACCGGGUGAUACGAACACGAAACAAGCACCGGGCCAAAAGCAAAAGAGUACGACCACAAACCAAAGCACAAACAAUACUGAAGUGGUGUCAGCAUUGGCCGACGUCGUGCCAUCGGCACCAAGCGAAGCGCCGUCGCAUGACAAUGAAACCGAAGAAAAUCAACAGAACAGCGAAGUGCACAGCGGCUCUGAAGUCGAUGAUGAGUCAGACGAUGAUGACUCAUCGAAAAAUGACGAUGAAUUGGAUAUUGAGAACCAAAACUUGGCCGAAGAUCGUGUCAUCGCCGAUGAUGACGACGAUGAUUCCGAUGACAAUGAGGAUGAAGACGACGAUGAGGAUGAGGACGAUGUAAUUCCACUCGAUGGACCUCUGCGCUCGUAUGUCGAAUCAAACGAAGAAAUGACUGAAUCUGACUGCAAUGUGCAGGAAGAUGAUGAAAGAACUGGUGGUGGAUCUGCUUCAGAUAGUGGACGCUCCAUAGCUUCAUCAGUUUCCACUGAACCAUUCUUCUCCGGUCAAAGCGUACCAACUGAAACACAGCCAGCGUCAGAAUCAGCAGCGCAAACGCCAACCCCAACUCAAAGCCAACCGGCCGCCGGAAGUGAAACGAGUGAAAAUGCCAAUAACAAUGAACAGAGUACAACGCCCAAUGCUAUCGAACCAACCACAUCUCAAGUGCCCGAAUCACAGCCCGACGAUACGAAUGAAUCUCAAGAUGCGACCGAAUUGAAGGAAGGAGAAAGCGCCAGCAAUGACGAUAAUGCAGACAACAAUGAUAUUAUCAAUGUUUACUCUUCCGGCGAUGAAGAUGGUACAGAGAAUGCGGACCGAAAGCGACAGAGAUUGAAUAGUGAACAAGAUGAAGGUCAAUCGACAUCGAACGACAAUGAAUCCGAAAGCAGAGAUGCCUCGGAACAAAACUGGGCGCCAAGACGUCGUCUGCGUGGCCCACGUAGCACACGAGCACCGCUCACCGAAUCAGAGCCAUCGCCAGAUGAAUCGAAUGAACCAGCUGCUGAAGCAAAUGAUGAACAAUCGGAAGGCGCAAUAGCCGCACCAGUCGAAUCAGCACCAGAAGAGGCUUCCGAUGCAACGGUGGAUGCCGCUGCCAAUGAAAUCGGCGAAGGAUCAUCGUCUGGAGCACAAAUUGAUGGCACUCAAAUUCCAGAUGGAAUCGAUCCAUCAUUCUUGGCUGCUUUACCAGAGGAAAUGCGUGCCGAAGUAAUCGCUGAACACUUGCGAAUUCAACGUAUGCAAGAGCGUACACGUCUACAGCAACAAGUGGCCGUACAAAAUGAGCAACAGGCCGUUGCCGAAGUGAAUCCCGAAUUUUUGGCCGCACUUCCGCCAAGCAUUCAAGAAGAGGUUUUAGCACAACAGCGACUCGAGCAGCAACGUUUGGCUGCGGCGGCUGCAAAUCCAAAUGAUCCGGUCGAUGCUGCCGCUUUCUUCCAGAAUUUACAACCGUCGUUGAGACAAGCCAUUUUGACUGAUAUGGAGGAAUCGCAAAUUUCCGUGCUGCCUCCCGAAUUGGCGGCUGAAGCGCAAAAUUUGCGACGCGAUUGGGAAAGUCGAAACCGUCAAAUCAUGCAAGAGCAAAUUAGUCAAAUUGGAGCUGGUGGCAACAGUGGUAACGUUGGAACAUCGCCCAGUUUUUCGUCUGUAUUACGGUAUCGAAGCCGUUUGCCCGAGCCAAUUUCAUCGGUCAACUAUUUGCAACGAAUGCGAUGGAAUAACUGGCCAAUCAAUCCCGGUUCAACCACAAUUUCAGUGGAUCGAGACGCAUUUGGACCGGGAAGCAGUUUGCUAUGCAUGGAACAACAAGGUCAACCACAACUCGAUCACGAAUCACUGACAUCAUUGUUGAUUCUAUUGUUUGUCGAAGCGAAUAAAAUCUGUACACUUCGUUUCCAUCGUGUUAUUCGAAUUUUAUGUUCGCAUUUGCCAACGCGUGACUGGAUUAUUCGCACGAUUUUGUCGAUAAUCGAACGAAGCAACCAACAAUCGCGACAGAAUGAACAAUUGCAAACGGUCAGCAAUCGACCACACUGGUUGAAUAUUCGAUUGGAUGCGGCGUUAGGUAAUCGAAACAACAUUUUCAUCAUCAAGAAGAUUCGCCAUUCGAAAGACGAAGCGAUGCAAGUUGACGAAACAAACGAAUUGUCAUCGAACGAAUACUCGAUCGCAAUCCAUCCACAGGCCGCACAAAUUGUAUGUCGCCAUGCACUGGAAUUGUUGAUUUCAUUGGCCAAGAACUUCCCAUCAAACUUCCUGCCCAUCAAAAAGAAGGGUCGAAACAACAAAACCGAUACGAAUAUCGAUGAAAAUCAACCGAGCACCAGCAGUUCGGGUCGAUCACAGAAGGAUUCCACGCAAACCGACAAAUCGACUGAUUUCUGGGACAUUUUAUUGCGAUUGGAAAUGCGAGCACGCAACAGCAAAUCGUUUAAUAUCCGAGAAAAUUCGGCGAAUCCAGCAUGUGCCGAAGAUUUUGUUGAUAUUGAAAUGAAUUCGUUCUCCGAAUCACCAUUUGGCCAAUUGAUAUCCAUGCUAUCAUUUAACAUCAUUCUGAAGAGUACAUUGUUAACGGAUCGUCUGUUGAAGCUGUUGUCGUAUAUUUCGGUCGGUUUACCCGAUGCCGUUCAAUUGGCAACAUCCAUUUCAACCAUGCCAAAUGCACUUGAGGCUCCCCCAGCGGAAAGUAACAACGAAGCGACGGGUACUGAAGCGGCGGGCACUGAAGCGGCGAGCACUGAAGCGAAUGCAAACGAAAAUGCGGAACCAUCUGCUAAUGCUACUGGCAGCACAGCUGCUGCAACAACAACCACCACCGCCUCAACAACAGCUGCCACCACCGAAAAUACCACGGCCAGCACAUCUGCCAGCGCUGGACAUCAAUGUGUCAACCGUUUGAAAUCAUCGCCCGUUGAAUUGGACGAGAAAUGUUUACCGGAAUCACAGGACAGCCUACGUUUGGCCAUCGAAGUGCUUACAUCGAAAUCAUGUUCGGAAGAAGGUCUUGAAGAUGCCACAUCGUUAUUAUUGAACUUGAGCCAAUGCUCAAAUGUUACCCGUACAUUCAUUUUGAAUUUGUUGAUCGAUGGUGCCAAAUAUCUGGCUGGCGUUGUUCAAGGUCAAAUCAAUGAUUUGAUCUACGAUUUGCGACAAUUAAACCAAAGAAAUCGCGCCGAAUCUGGACUAUCACCGUCCAAUUCACAACAUAUUCCAAUUGCCGCAGAGAAUGCAAAUGCCGAUUUGCAACAGCCAUCAACGUCAAAAGCAUCGGCAACCACCGGCACCAAGGGCAUUUUACAGGAUCGUUUCACCAAAGAAACCGUUGUCAUCACAUCAACAUCCAAACAAAAGGCACGCUGUGAACUUCAAUUACCAUCGAUGGUGCCGCUGAUUUCGAAAACCGCCAGCCAAUCGUUCUUUUUGCGCAUUCUCAAAGUAGUGAUUCAAAUCAGAGAAUCGGCCAAGGAUGCAUUGUCCAAGGAAUCAUCGAAUCAAGCAGCGAAGAGAAUCGUACUCAAUUCCAUUGAAUUGCAACCGCUCAGUGAAACAUUGCAAUUGGACCAUUUGUGGAACACGCUCAGCGAUUGUCUGGUUGAACUCGAAGAGAAUGCCGACCAUCAUGCUGUGCUCGUUCUUCAACCAGCCGUCGAAGCAUUCUUCCUCGUUCACGCCUCAUCACAACCACAGGCAGCGCAAUCUGUCACCGAACAAAAGAAAUUCCAGAGCCGUGCUCCGAAUGUGGCUGAAAAUCAAGGUCAAAGUGCAGAUAAUGCCGCUGAAACAAAUAGUACCUCAAAUGCCACCGAAAACAGCGAACCAAUGCAAGUUGGUGAUGGUGAUGGUGCAGCUGCUGCUGACGAAACAGCCAGCGCAUCUGGUGCCAUCGCGGAAGCUAGCGGUACAUCCGACAGUGAACGUCGUGAAAUGGUUUCGCCAAUUUCAUUGUUUGACAUGCCAAAUAGCAAUUCGUUCUCACAAUCGAGCAACGGAGGUGGCCAGUCUCAAUCGGCAAACGAUCAAGAGGCCAGCAACAACAUUCUAACUCGCCUUGGAAAUCCAACACAACAACAGGCUCCAAAAGUACAAUUGACAUCUGACCAAAAGAAAUUCUUACAAUUUGCCGAAAAGCAUCGAACGGUAUUGAAUCAAAUUUUACGACAAUCGACUGUUCACCUGUCCGAUGGUCCAUUCGCCGUUCUGGUUGAUCACACACGAAUUCUUGACUUUGAUGUCAAACGUCGUUAUUUCCGCACCGAACUAGAGCGAAUGGAUGAAGGUAUCCGGCGUGAGGAAUUGGCAGUGCAUGUACAUCGUGUGACUGUAUUCGAGGACUCAUUCCGUGAGCUGUAUCGCCGUAAUCCAGAAGAGUGGAAAAAUCGAUUCUACAUUGUAUUUGAAGACGAAGAAGGUCAGGAUGCUGGUGGUUUGUUGCGUGAAUGGUAUGUGAUAAUUUCGCGUGAAAUUUUCAAUCCAAUGUACGCAUUGUUCACCGUAUCGCCGGGCGACCGAGUUACUUAUAUGAUAAAUCCAUCAAGUCAUGCCAACUCGAAUCAUUUGUUCUACUUCAAAUUCGUUGGUCGAGUCAUCGCCAAAGCCAUUUACGACAAUAAAUUGCUUGAGUGCUAUUUCACGCGCUCAUUCUACAAGCACAUUCUUGGCAUCGAAGUGAACACACAAGAUAUGGAAAAUGAAGAUUAUGAAUUCUACAAGGGUCUCGUUUAUUUGAUGGAAAAUCAUGUGUCUGCAUUGGGCUACGAACAAACAUUUAGUUUGGAAGUACAAGAAUUUGGUGUGACCGAAGUGCGUGACCUAAUACCAAAUGGCCGAAACAUUAUUGUCACUGAAGAGAAUAAAUUCAGUUACAUUCAUUUGGUGUGCCAACUGAAAAUGAGCGGAUCAAUUAAACAACAAUUGAACGCAUUCCUCGAAGGUUUCUAUGACAUCAUCCCGAAACGACUGAUCUCAAUAUUUAACGAACAAGAAUUGGAAUUGUUGAUAUCCGGUUUGCCAAAUGUGGACAUUGAAGACCUCAAAGCAAACACCGAAUACCAUAAAUAUCAGGCAAACUCAAUCCAAAUUCAAUGGUUCUGGCGAGCGUUGCGCAGUUUCGAUCAAGCGGAUCGUGCAAAAUUCCUGCAAUUUGUGACUGGUACAUCGAAGGUGCCAUUACAAGGUUUUGGUGCACUCGAAGGUAUGAACGGUGUACAAAAGUUCCAGAUUCAUCGGGACGACAGAUCAACAGAGCGUCUUCCAUCGGCUCACACAUGCUUCAAUCAAUUGGAUCUUCCUGUGUACAAAACAUAUGACAAAUUGCGGUCAAGUCUGCUGAAAGCCAUCCAUGAAUGUUCAGAGGGCUUUGGAUUUGCUUAAGCUAGACAAUCAGCAUUAAAAUGAAACAAAAAGCCAAAUGAAUUUAUGAUGAGAAACUACACCGAACAUGUGACAUGAAGAAUAGACAAAACAAAUGAAAAUGAUAUGAAAAUAAAUCGAAACAAUACUGUACGAUAGAAUGAAUAAUGAGAAAGGGAAGCUUAUCUUCGAGACCAUGAGCAAUGAUCAACAAAUGUUUUUAAUUUUGAAUUUUUUACACACACACACACACACACAACAACAACAAUUUAUGUAAGUAAUAGAAAUAACAUGCAAAAUAAAGAGAAGAAAGAAUAAACGGAAACAAUAAAGUAAAAAAAAAAA